GGAACCCUGCGGGCCCGGCGGAACCCCUGGCGUCUGCGGCACCUGAAGCUGAAGGGACGCCGGGCGGGGGCUUCUCCCUCCAACUGGGCCCCGUUGGCGUGGGAUGCGGGCUCCAGGGCUGGCGAGCUCUACGGCGUUUCGCCCCGAGCUAACGCGCCCCCGUGUGGCCGCCGGUGGGAGUGCGCGUGCGCGACGCGAGCGCUGGGCCCGCGGGGCAGAGACUGGGACGCAGGAGUGCGCGUGCGCGGCGUGUGCGCGUGCCUGGCGUGUGCGCUGGGCCUGCGAGGAAAGGGCCGGGGCUGGUAGUACGUGAACUCGCCGGACCAAAUAGCCCCCGGAGACCCUCAUUUCUCAUCUGUGAAAUGCGGCGUUAGGGACACUCGCCGCCCUGUGCUGUUCUGAGCGCCUGUGCGUUGCUAGCUGCUGUUUGUUGUGCGCGUGACCUGCGGCUGGAGCUGGGACUGGUCUGCGGGGCCUCGUUUCCCCGUUAACUCUGGGGAAACGGGAGGGAAAGGGCUGGGCUGGCUGGCACCGAGCCCCCACCCCCCACCCCCGGCUCCAGCAUUCUCCAGACCCCAAGUUAGUAUUCAUUAUGUGCUCGUUUGCUGUGGGUUAUGUGUAAUCACGGCACAGCCUCUGGAAGCCAUGGGAGGCUGUGUGACGGGAAGAGGAGAGAGGUGAGCUGGAGCCGAGGCCGCGCACAGGCUGUGCAGCACAUGCCACCCCUUUGGCGAGCUCGUGACCCUGCCGUGGGGAUGGAAGGCUCACCAGCGACAGCUGAGGAAAUUGUCAUAAUUCCUCCCCAAAUGCCCGCUACGCCUCUGGUCCUCGGUCCUCGGUCCACUCUUCCGGAGGUGAGCUGCCUGCAGCGCCCCGUGGGUGAUUGUUGAUGGCACCUAGAGAAGAUGCGAGGCCCCCCUCUCCUGGCCUUCUGCGGGCAGGGCCUUUCUGGAUGAUCUCGUUUGACCUCAUUUGAAAGGUUUUUUAAAAAAUGAGUCUGAGAAGGUGACCGGCUCAGAUCAUGCCAUGUGUUAGUGGUGGGACCGAGAUGAAAAGGUAGGUCUGCAGACCCCCGAGCUACUGCUCAUUUUGUCAGUUGGGGCAAAGCUGGUUCCUUAUUAAAAGAUCUUUUUGAAAAUUGUGAGCAGGUUAGAACAAACAUUAAAAAUAUUACCUGGUCGUAAACAUCCCCAUCCCUUGGAUUAUUUGACCCCAAAGGAUUAAUGUUGCUCGCAGACCCUAAAUUGGUAAUAAAUCAGUAAGAAACAAAUAUUACACUCACUCAGUGACAAGUGUCAUGUCUAAGCUCAGCAUGUAUUGGAGCCACACAUGGACAUCACUGCCGCCUCCUCUAAGAACAGAAAAUGAACAAACCCCAGGAACAAGUGUCAUUCAAAGAUGUGUGCGUGGACUUCACCCAGGAAGAGUGGCAUCUGCUGAAUCCUGCUCAGAAGAUACUAUACAGAGACAUGAUGCUGGAAAAUUACAGCCACCUUGUCUCAAUAGGGUAUUGCAUUACUAAGCCAGAAGUGAUCAUCAAGAUAGAGCAAGGAGAAGAGCCCUGGAUAUUAAAGCAAGGAUUCUCAAGCCAGUGCCACCCAGAAGACUGGAAAGAUGAUGACCUAAUAGAGAGCAGCCAAGAAAAUGAAGAUGGGCAUUUUUGGCAAUUUGCUCUCACCACCAACAAAACAUUAAAUAUACAUGGUGGUGAGAGAGUAAGGAAAACUUUCAAUCUGGGUAAAGACUGUGUUCCUUCAAGAAAUAUUUCAUAUAAGAUAUGUUCCUCUUGUGAAAUGAGUUUGAAGAAUAUUUCAGACUUAAUUAUUAGUAGAAAGAACUAUUCUGGAACAAAACCUGAUACGUUUAAUUUAUAUGAGAAAUUGCUCCUUGAUAUUAGGCAUGAGAAAACUCUUACUGGAGGGAAAUCUUAUAACUAUGAUCAAAAAAGGAAUAUCCUUAGUCAUGGCCAGGAUCUCACUCAGCUAAUUUUCGACCAGCCUUCUGAGUAUCAUGAAAAUGGACAAGACUUCCAAGAAGAGGCAGCCUUUUUCUCAAAUAAGAGAUCUCAGACAGGAGAGACACUCUGUGAAUAUAAUGAAUGUCAAAGAACUUUCAUCCAAAACUUAAAGCUCAGUUUAUCUCAGAGAACUCAUUUAGAAAGGGACCCAUAUGAAUGCAGUAUUUGUGGGAAUCCCUUCUAUGUGGAUUUAAGAUUGGGACAUCAGAGAGCUCUUACAGGGGAGAAUCCUUAUGAAUAUAAUGACUAUGAUCAAAUUUUCUGUGACAAUUCAACUUUCAUUAUUCAUCCGAGAACUUACACAGGAAAAAUUCCCCAUGAAUAUAAAGUAAGUCACAAAACGGGAGGGAAAUCAGCCCUCUUUAAACAUCAGAUAGUACAUAUGAGAGCAAUACCUUAUGAGCACAAGGAGAAUGGAAAUAAUUUCAACAAGAAGUCACAUCUCACCCAACCUCGAAGAGCUCACUCAGGAGAAAAAAAUUUUGAAUGUGCUGAAUGUGGAAAAACAUUCUGGGAGAAGUCAAACCUCACUCAACAUCAGAGAACACACACAGGAGAGAAACCCUACGAAUGUGCUGAAUGUGGGAAAGCCUUUUGUCAGAAACCACACCUUACCAACCACCAACGAACACAUACAGGGGAAAAACCUUAUGAAUGUAACCAGUGUGGAAAAACAUUCUGUGUGAAGUCAAACCUCACUGAACAUCACAGAACACACACAGGAGAGAAACCCUAUGAAUGUAACACAUGUGGGAAAUCCUUCUGCCACAGGUCAGCACUAACUGUACAUCAGAGAACACAUACAGGAGAGAAACCCUUCAUAUGUAAUGAAUGUGGGAAAUCCUUUUGUGUGAAGUCAAACCUCAUUGUACAUCAAAGAACUCACACAGGAGAGAAACCGUAUCAAUGUAAUGAGUGUGGGAAAACCUUCUGUGAGAAAUCAGCUCUUACUAAGCAUCUCAGAACUCACACAGGGGAGAAACCCUAUGAGUGUAAUGGAUGUGGGAAAACCUUUAGUCAGAGAUCAGUACUCACUAAACAUCAGAGAAUUCACACAAGGGUGAAAGCUCUUUCCACAUCCUGAAUGUUCAGAAAUCUGUCCACCCUUUCAAAUUCAUUAUUCAGUUUUUAAAAAAUAAGAUCAAUGAAACCCAAAGAACAUCACAAGUUACUCAAAAGUUAUGUCUUAUUGCACUUCAGAUAAUUAAUAUUAGAAUAAAACCUUAUUAAUGUUUUAAAUAUGUGGAAGCUUUUAAGAAAAAAUAAACUUUUGUCAGAAAAUUUGUACUUAGGAAAAAUUUGUUCAUUUAAGUUAUAUGGUAAAAAUCUUUGUAGAGAAUUUAUGUUGUAUCAUAUUCCAAAUGUGAUAGCAAAACUUUAUUGUAAACAUAAUGUGUGAUACUCACUUAUACUGAUAUUCACAGCUUAAAAAAUGUUGAAUGACAAUAGCGUUAAACAUUCAUGUGAAGAAUCCUUAAUGUGUUCAGACCUAUGUAAGUAUUCUAACGUAAUAGAAAUUUGAGGUAUGCUUGAUUUAUAUAUUAGAGUCCAACAUUAAUUGUGAAGAGAAAGUAUGAACACUUAAACAACUAUUGUGAUCUAUAUUAAUAUUUCCCACACUAAAUACCACCAGUAUCUUUGUAGGUUAACAUAAUUGCAUAUGUACAUGUAAAUAUAUUUAUACACACAUAUAGUGAUGUGCUAGAUUAAGUUCAUACUGGCUUGGAAGUACUGCUGAUUUAAAUUUUCAGGAAUUUUGCCAGCCAGUUGUUAAACACAGUCAUUUAAAAAUUAAAUUACAUAAAAUUAUAAUUAAAUUAUAUUAAAAACAAAGGUGGUAAAUACUCAACACAUUACUUCCUAAUUAUUUUAUAAUAUUUUGCUAUUUGUUCUUUAGGUUACUUAUAUUUUUGAGUCUUCAUGGAGAGAAUACUGAGUAAUGGUGUGCAGCUGCACAUCUCUUUUCAUCUCUACAUUCAGUGCCAUCAUGUUGGUAGCUUGACUUAGUGUGAGUAUUUACACAAGGGAAAUUGGCAAACUCUACAUAUUAGAGUUAUUUUCUUAGAUAACCUAUUGUCAAGUAUUUAGCAGCACACCACUAUGGAUAUAAGAAAAUAUAUUUGGAAGAGUUAAAGUGAAAACCACAUAACUUUUCUCCUAUUUCCUGACAAAUACAUGGCUAUUGUCAUUGCUGAACUGCCACUUCAAUAAAGACAAAAUAUGUUUCUGUGAGUUUUUUAACCACCUCUUCAUCAUUUCUAUUCUCAAUACUACCAAGUCUCUCUAGAGUACGGCCAGUAUAUGUUAUUUUACAGCCACAUCACCUACCUUUCCUCAUAGAUGAAUGAGUACUGCCAUUAUUAUUGAACUACCUCCAUUAAAAAACCAAACAUUUUUUCCUGAGUUUUUUUAAGCAGCCUCUCAGUCAAUACUGUAAAUGCUGUUAAUAGUGAUACAUAAAUUCCACAAAGAUUAAUAUUAGUUAUAAACAGUAAUAUUGCACUGUACAAAUAAAAAAUAGUUGUGUGUAAUGAAAUGCCUCUUUCAUACUCUUGGUAUUUCAUUGCUGUAUCUAUUUAGGCAUGAUAUGUGUAACCUAAGUUGUAUGUAAUCCAGGAAGUAUGUAUUUAUAUUUCAUAUAAUAGUGUUACAUACUGUCCCUUUUGCCUUUGUCCUAUUGUUUCCUAUGAUUCCUUGCAACAUGUUGAUAAGCAGUUCCAAGAGACUCUACUUCUUA